AUGAUUAUAAAACAGCUCCGCCUUGGCUCAGUACCAAUGGCCGGUUUCCGCUCCUCAGCAACCUGCUCCUUCUCACGAUCCCACAUAAUACGGAGCUGCUCCCUGCCCCGAACUCAUCUCCUACAUUCGAGCUCCAGAAAUGCAUCUACUGCUGCGAGUGAAUCUACGGCGAACACGGUGAUAAAUGCCCCACCACGGCCCAGACGGAAAUCCAGAGGUAUCGUUUGGACUACACUCAUGGUGCUUGGGUUGGGCUGCGGAUAUAUCUACAUCACAGACACACGAGCUGGGGUACACCAAUGGCUAGUACCACCUAUGCUGCGAUGGAUAUAUCCAGACGCCGAAGACGCUCACCAUUUUGGAGUGGACAUGCUUAAAUCACUGUACCGAUAUGGCCUGCAUCCGCGUGAGAGGGGGAAUCCUGACGGAGAUGGCAAAUUGGUGACCAAGGUCUUUGGAUAUACGCUGUGCAAUCCAAUUGGUAUUUCUGGCGGUCUUGAUAAGGACGCGGAAAUUCCAUCCCAACUAUUCGAGCUUGGGCCUGCGAUCGUCGAGGUUGGAGGGACCACGCCUCUUCCACAGGCAGGAAACCCGAGACCGAGAGUGUUCCGUAUACCGUCACAAAAUGCGCUAAUCAAUCGAUAUGGACUCAACUCAAAGGGAGCGGAUAACAUGGCCCUACUUCUCCGACAGAGAGUUCGCGAUUUUGCCUACUCCGCGGGUUUUGGUUUAGGUGACGCUGCUGAACAACGAGUCCUAGAUGGAGAGGCUGGUGUGCCCCCAGGAAGUUUGACAGAGGGCAAGCUUCUCGCUGUGCAGGUAGCCAAGAAUAAAACCACUCCAGAUGGCGAUAUUGAGGCCAUCAAGAGGGAUUAUGUCUACUGCGUCGAUCGUUUGGCAAAAUACGCUGAUAUACUGGUUGUUAACGUCUCUAGCCCAAAUACCCCUGGACUACGGGAUCUACAACGUGUUGAGCCUCUCACAAAGAUACUGACGGGCGUCGUUCAUGCUGCAAAGCGGACUGACCGACAGACUAAGCCAUUUGUAAUGGUCAAAGUCAGCCCGGAUGAGAACUCGGAAGAACAGAUCAAUGGUAUCUGUGAUGCUGUGACCAAAGCUGGUGUCGAUGGUGUUAUUGUUGGAAAUACUACAAACCGUCGACCCGAGGCUUUACCCAAGGGCUACAACAUGUCCAACGCAGAGCAAAACACCCUUCUUCAAACAGGUGGGUUUUCUGGGCCCCACCUAAUAGAAAGUACAGUAGCACUGGUUGCCAAAUACCGUGCCGAACUUGACCAGCGUGCCAUCCCUGCAGGCCCAGCUGUGGACGAAGAGAGUAUACCCGCCACCGACAUUGUGGCUAGCCCGCCUCGAAAAGUCAUAUUUGCUUCCGGUGGCAUUACGAACGGUGCGCAGGCACUUGCGGCAAUCAAUGCCGGCGCUGAUGUUGCCAUGCUUUAUACCGGCUUAGUGUAUGGCGGAAGCGGGACAAUAACUAGGAUGAAGGAGGAAAUGCGGGCGGCUAUAAAAUGCAACUAG